GCUCGGCUCGCUGUGGCCCUGCCAGGCUGCCGUAGCCUGCCUCGCGCGUCCCCAGCGUGGCGAAGAGCUGCUGUCGGCGGGACUUCCGUGUUGGCGGGAUUCUGAACGCUGCCAUGGCUCAGACCGUGCAGAACGUUACAUUGUCCCUCACUCUGCCCAUCACGUGCCACAUUUGCUUGGGGAAGGUACGUCAGCCUGUCGUAUGCACCAACAACCAUGUGUUUUGUUCCGUUUGUAUCGACUUGUGGUUGAAGAAUAACAGCCAGUGUCCAGCCUGCAGAGUCCCCAUCACUCCUGAAAACCCUUGUAAAGAGAUUAUUGGAGGAACAAGUGAAAGUGAACCUAUGCUAAGCCAUACAGUCAGGAAGCAUCUUCGGAAAACCAGACUUGAGUUACUCCAUAAAGAAUAUGAGGAUGAAAUAGAGUGUUUGCAGAAAGAAGUAGAAGAACUUAAAAGUAAAAAUCUCAGCUUGGAGUCGCAGAUCAAGACUAUUCUGGAUCCCUUAGCCUUGAUGCAGGGCAGUCAAAAUGAAGACAAACAUCCAGCAACAGAUAAUCCAAGUAAAAUUGACCCAGAAACAGUAGCAGAGUGGAAGAAAAAGCUCAGAACAGCCAAUGAAAUUUAUGAAAAAGUAAAAGAUGAUGUGGAUAAGUUAAAAGAGGCAAAUAAAAAAUUGAAGUUAGAAAAUGGUGGCCUGCUGAGGGAGAAUUUACGACUGAAGGCUGAGGUGGACAACAGAUCUCCUCAAAAGUUUGGAAGGUUUACAGUUGCUGCUCUUCAGUCCAAAGUAGAACAGUAUGAACGUGAAACCAAUCGCCUCAAGAAAGCUCUAGAACGAAGUGAUAAAUAUAUAGAGGAACUAGAGUCUCAAGUAACACAAUUGAAACAUUUAGAUGAGGCAAAGGAAGAUAUGGAUGCUCUUUGCCAGAGGGCACCCUCUGCAGAUGGCAGUGGGCCCAAAGGCAGUGAUGAGAUUGUGGCAUCAAAGAAUCAGAGUGACAGUACCAGAAAGCAGGCUGCCUCAGCCACCUCCAGUUCGGCUUCUCACCUGGCAACACCCUCCAGCAGCAGACUCACUGACACCAGUUCUGCCAGACAGGAAAGCACCAUCAGGACUGAAUCGAACUGUUCCAAAAGCAAAGAUAGAUACCCCAAGCCUACAGAAAUGCUUCUAGCUGUAAGAGAGACACCAAUGGAUGCUUACUUGGAAAGAGAGUGGGGGAAGCCAAGUGACUGUGCGCCUUACAAAGAGGAAGAGCUGUAUGAUCUCCCGGCUCCUUGCACUCCUUUGUCACUGAGCUGUCUUCAGCUAAACACUCCAGAAAACAGAGACAACCCUGUAAUCAAAGCAGGGAGUUCUAAAAAGCAUGCAAACCAUCUCAGAAAACUUGUGUUUGAUGAUUUUUGUGAUUCUCCAAAUGCCUGUAAUAACAAUUCUUCAGAGGAUGAUAUAAAUAGAAGUGAAAAUGAGAAGAAAUCAGACUGCUUUGCUUCCCCCAAGACAGGAUUUUGGGAUUGUUGCUCCACCAGCUAUGCCCAAAGCUUGGAUUUUGACAGUUCUGAGGGGAACACGAUAGCAAAUUCUGUUGGGGAAAUACCUUCAAAAUUGAGUGAGAAGUCAGGAUUGUGCCUGUCCAAGAGACUAAAUUGUAUUCGCUCUCUUGAAAUGAACCGGACAAGAACAUCCAGUGAGGCGUCCAUGGACGCUGCUUAUCUUGACAAAAUCUCUGAGCUGGAUUCCAUGAUGUCAGAGUCAGACAACAGCAAGAGCCCUUGUAGUAACGGUUUUAAAUCAGUGGAGCUGGAGGGCUCCUCAAAGUCGCCUCAGGGCAGGGAGUUUCUCGAGGAAGCUGACAAGUUGGAAGAAGGAACUAAAGUGAAUCUUUCCAAAAAUGUCCUUGCUACUGACCGGUUAGAAAAUGCAAGUGAGUGGAAACCCACCUCCUUUUUUCUUCUCUCUCCAUCUGACCAAGAGAUGAGUGACGAUUUUUCCCUCCAUCCCACCUCUCAUUCAGGAACUGGGGAAGUCAAACCCCAAAGCUGUCUGUUUCAGACAGAGUUUUCCCAGGGUGUUCUGUUAAGCGGUUCCCAAGGACUAUUUGAGGAUCAGAGGUUUGGAUCGUCCUUAUUUAAGAUGUCUUCAGAGAUGCAGAGCCUCCACAGCCCCCUUCAGUCUCCCUGGUCUACUGCCUUUGCGCCUGAAAAGAGGAGUAAGAGUGUGAAUCAGUCAACAAAAAGAAAGAUACAGAGCAGCUUGUCCAACGCCAGCCCAUCUAAAGCAACCAAAAGCUGACUCACCAGAUGUCCUCUGUGGCUUCAUACUGAAAGCGGUGUGGGUGUCUUUAAUGUACUGUAGUCACUUCAUGAAGGUUCUACACAGUCCUGAACUGAUAAUCUCCAGUUAAGUGUCAAGCCAGACUUAUCUGUCUCCAGGAUACUUCAUCUUGAAGAAACUUUGGCCUUUCAUUUUCAUGUGGUUAUCGUUUUUACCAGGGAGGUUAGGAGAAGGAUGUGAUUUAUCUCUUUGUUGUUUGUUGUUUUGUUUUCAAUGAGUGUUACAUGUACCUGGAUUGACUGUAUGUUGUUUUCUCAGAUCUUAUUUAACUGUUAGAUAUGGUGGCCGGUUAAGCCUCAACUGUCUUCAGAACUUGUGUUUCUUAGAACUUUUGGUAUUAUCUGUACUGCUCUCUAAAGCUAUUUCAAGAGCAGAAAUGAUUUUGUAUGUCCCUUCUUAUUUAUGGCAUUUAUACCUAUUAUCAAGGCCAUGCUGGAGAAAUGGCACUCUGACCUUAGGGUAGUCACUGACAUUUUCUUAGGUUUUAUAUAGAUGUUUACAGUUUGUUACAUUGUGAUCUAUCCGUUCUGUGUCUCUGCCUGCAUGCAUACUCUUAAAUGUACACUCGUAUGUGUGAGAGUGUGUAUGAGUGAAAAUACUCUGCUAGUAUGAAACAUGUUUUUUGAAUGAAUAUACUAUUCCAGGUAGUUUCUGUUUGCUCAUCUUUGAGCGUGUGUGUGUGUGUGUGUGUGUGUGUGUGUGUGUGAAGUUAGAGAUCAUUAUGUAUUGGAAGGCAGGCACUGAUCUGUUGGAUUUAGAGUAACAUGAACAUCCUAGCUUUAUUUUCCAGAUGUGUAGAUAGAAAAGCAGUCUUUUAGGUUUCUGAUCCAUUGUGUCACAGGGAGCCCUUUGUGUGUUAAAGUUCUUGUUUGCAUGCCACUGCUCACUGUGGGAGCCUUUUCGCCUCUUCCAUUCUCCAUCUAGAGAAAAAGGAAGUUCUUAUUGGCUAAUCAAUAUCUAUUAUGUAGGACAUUUUUUCAUGAAAAGUAACAAGUGGGAGUGGGAAUAUGUAAGCUAAGCACAACUUUUAGUUUAGGCUUUAAAAAGUACAUUAUUUUAAACAUGUUUGGUAUGCCACUCUAGGCUGUAAAAAUGAGUCUGUAUGCUAAUAACUUGUUUAUCUAAUGUGCACUGAGCAUUUUACGUGUAUUGUCUUACCUUAACACUGCAUGCUUUUUUAUGUGAAUUGAAUAAAAGAUACCAUAUGCACUGCA